AUGUGUGGAGAAGUUGCAUCACAAAGUGCAAAAUUAGAACAGCAAAUAAAACAUGCAUCACUUAAAGAUAAAUCAAAUUAUAUUGAUGACCUUUCAACAGAAAUAAAUUUAAAAUCAUCUGAUUUACUUCAUACAAAUGAAUCUAGUGAUUCAUAUUAUGAUGAAGAAUUUCAAGAUGUUCUUACUUUUCAUUUUGCUGGUCGUGGUGAAAUGAAUGUAACAUUAGGUGUUCCACGUCUUCGUGAAUUACUUAUGGUUGCUUCUCAAAAAGUGAAAACACCAACAAUGGAAGUACCUAUUUUACAUAGUUCAUCAGCAUUACGUAAAGCAAAACGUUUACAACGUCGUUGGUCUCGUCUUUUAUUUUCUCAAGUAUUAAAAAAUUUAAAUAUUCAUGAAAAACUUUCACUAAAAUUAAAUGAUCAUAAACAUACGUAUAAGAUUGAAUUUCAUUUUGAUGAAAAAUAUGGUAAAAAACAAUUAAAUGAAAUUAUGCGUUCAUUUGAAACAUAUUUUAUUCCACGUUUAUGUCGUUCAAUAAAUAAAAAACGUAAAGAAUUAACAACAAGUGGUCUUUUAAGAUCAGCACAUAUUCGUGAUAAGAUAAGAAUUAAUGAUUCAAAUGAUAAAGAUGAACAACAAGAACUAGGUGAAAAAGAUGAUGAUGAUGAUGACGACGAUGAAGAUGAUGGCCAAAUUAAUGGUGAAGCUAAUACAGCAAAAGAAAAAGCUAAUAGAAAUGAUGAAAAAGAAUAUGAUGAUGAUGAUAAUAAUGAUGAAGAAGAUGAAACUGAUGAUGACGAAGCUGUACAAGGUAAUCAAGAUGAAAAUGAUCAAACAAAUACAUCAAAAAUAACUAUUAAAGAAGAUGUCAUUGAUGAUGAUGAUGAUGUACCAGCAUUAGAUAUAUCUAAAGAAGAAAUGAAUAAUGAUGAUGAACAAGAACUAUCAGGCAAUAAUGAUGAUAACAAUGAUGAACCACCAAGUAAAAAAUCAAAGAAAAUGAAUAAAAAAACUGCUCUUAUAGAUAAUACGACAUACAACGAACGAUUUGGUAAUGUUUGUAAACAUGCUGAUUAUAUAAAUGACUAUACCGCUGAUCUGGAUAAUAAUUUAUGGUGUCGUUUAACAAUGACAUUUCCAGCUACUCAACCUCGUAUUGAUCUUGAAACAUUAAUUCGUAGUGAAGCAUCUCGAACAACGAUAACAUCAAUUGUUGGUAUUCAAAAUUGUUUUAUUACAGAAAAUAAAGAAUAUCGAUCAAAAAUAAAAACUGAUCCUAAUGAUAUUGAAUAUAUUCUUUCAACUGAAGGUGAAAAUAUAAAUGCAUUAAUGACAUAUUACCAAAUAUUUGAUUUACGUCGAAUAUAUACAAAUAAUAUUCAUCGUAUGGCACAAAUAUUUGGUAUUGAAGCAGCUAAUCGUACAUUAAUACGUGAAAUAAAUCGAGUAUUUGGUGCUUAUGGAAUUGAAGUUGAUUAUAGACAUUUAUCUUUAUUAGCUGAUUAUAUGACAUAUGAAGGUGUUUAUAAACCAUGUAAUCGUUUAGGUUUAAGAACUAAUGCAAGUCCAUUACAAAAAAUUACAUUUGAAACAUCAACAACUUAUUUAAGAGAAGCAUUAUUACAUGGUGAACAUGAAGAAUUGAAAUCUCCUUCUUCUCGUUUAGUUACUGGACGUAUGGUUCAAUGUGGUACAGGAGCUUUUGAUGUUCUUACCAAAUUAUCUUCAUGA